AUGGCACCCUCACAAAUGGAUUAUCCGCAACAAGAAAACGAAGCGAACCUCGUUUAUACUCAUAAGAAAUUUAACACAGGCUGCUACAAGCACAAAAAAUUUGGCAAGCGCAGCAGCAAAGAGGACACGGUCACGAGCACGCCGCUAUUUCGGCCUUAUGCACUGAGCGACAACACGCCACGGAAGCGUCGUCAGGAGUCGGAGCAGCGCCAUCAUCAACACCAACUACCGCCCACGCCGCCAACAACGCCUCCACAGCAGCAACAACAUCAUCAGCAGCAGCGGUGGCAGCCACAAACGUACGCGCUACCCACGCCUACAGCCACGCCCACGCCGAUCAUAAAUCACACUCCCACAACCAUGCCCACGCCCACACCGAUCAUGAAUCAUCAGGCGUUCGCCUAUGUACUGCAAAAGCAACGCGCGGUACUCCAAAUGCGCCAUAUGCUCAGCAUCAAUCCGGAUGCCAACACCUGGCCAGCGGAGUUGCGCAAUGCGCUCUACUCCAUGCUCCAGUCAUGA